UAAUAAGUUUUAUUUCAAAUAGUACAAUCGUUUAAAAAUACUUAUCGUAAUGAAAAUUCUUUAAUUACAACACAUUCAUUGACGCUAAAAUACAUUAUAUAAGUGCUCUCUAACAAUGCAAUUUCAUGCUUUCACACAAUACUGUGACUGAUCAAUUAUUUACGUACUUACCUUUGGAGUUUAGAACUUUACAAUUGCUUAUAUCGAAAGGUCAACUCAAUACUGAGCAAUUUUAAAACAUGGGAAACAAAUCAUCGUUGUUACUGCGAGAGGAAGAAAUCGCACAAAUACAGGAAGAAACUGGCUUCACACCGAAUCAGAUAGAGCGUUUAUACUCCCGUUUCACGUCAUUAGAUAAGAAUGACUGCGGUACACUAGCGCGUGAGGACUUCCUGCGGAUACCGGAGCUUGCAAUCAACCCUCUCAGUGAGAGGAUAGUCCAUUCCUUCUUUGCUGAAAGUCAUGAUGACAGGGUCAACUUCCUGCAGUUUAUGCGAGUUUUAGCACACUUUAGACCAAUAAGGAAGAAUAGAGAAAAUAAGUUAAACAGUAGAGAGGAAAAGUUAAGAUUUGCUUUUUCAAUGUAUGACUUGGACAAUGACGGGAAGAUCUCAAGGGAUGAACUACUGGCUAUUCUUCACAUGAUGGUGGGAGUUAAUAUAAGUGAAGAACAAUUGACAAGUAUUGCUGAACGUACGAUACUCGAAGCUGACACGAACAACGACCAAAUGAUCUCAUUCGAGGAGUUCUGUCAUGCUCUGGAGCGCACCGAUGUGGAACAGAAGAUGUCCAUCAGGUUCCUCAACUGACCUUCGCACUCCUGAACUGAUUGCAUCAAAUACUGUCUGUAAUUAUUUACAGCCUUUUUACUAAGAUGACUUAGUUGUUUAAAAUUUGGAUUAACUAGUUUUCUAUUUGUUGGUUUUUAGCUAAGGGUUUAUUAGUUUAAAGGAUAAAUGGUAGCAGCAUGUUUUCUAGUUUUUUUUAUUUUGUUUUUUAUUGCAUUUCAAUUUACAAUUAGGUAUUUAAUGCAUUUGAAAUGCAUUGCAGGAGUUACGGUGCGACCAAAAAUGUUAUUUUUAAAAGUAAAUGUGUAUAUUUAUAUCAACGCCUCUGUAGAUAAAUAAAUAUUUAUUCAAA